AUGGGGCCGCGCGGGCGGCGGCGCACCCAACCCACGAGGCGUUCGUUUCACAAACCUUCGAGACACUGGCAUUUAUCCCGAGGACGAGUUAAGGGUAAGUAAAGUACUGUAACGUCCUUGCACAUUACUGUAGAUUUAAUCUCCGAUUAUGUAAUGGGUGAUGCUGGUCCCUAAUAUUUGAAUAUUUAGUUUUUCGCGUUCGAAUUCGCGGUGUAUUUUCUUGCUGGUUGAUAAUCUUUCUUUUUGAUUUAAGCCGACGCGCGACGUAGGAUGGACGCAGGGAUAAGAGCUAAAAGUAUUUUAGUUAUUGUCAUAGUUAAUUCAGAGCAAUUCCAUCAUCCCUAUAGAUUAGAGAGGUUAAGGGGAGUUUGUCAAUACGAGCCGUGCUAUCGAUUUCCUACGCCGCGUCGUCGGUAUCGGCGCACGCCACUGCGCCUACGUGAAGAUCCGCAGCUUUGCUACGCGGACAACUUACGCCAGAGUGUCGAAAACGAUAUAAGAUACAAGCAAACGCCUGUGCAGCAACAGAACUAUAAACAGAUUCUCGAUGACAUGGUGGACAAAAGAAAGAAAGCCAUCAAAGAUGAAUUAAAACAAAAUUUAGACUACGAACGCAAAAUGCAUACUAUGGAGGGACCGUGGGGAAAGCCAGGUCCUGGAGGUGCACUUUGGAGGAACCCUCGUGAUAUCGGUUUAAAUUUCUCAAAGUCUAUGGGAUGGACAGAUAACGAAAUUUUUAAUAAAAUACAAGGGGAUCAUAAGCUCUAUAAGAGGUCUUCGCUAGCUUUACCUCAAGUAAAGAGAGACGAUGAUGCUAGAGAACCAAUUGAUCCGGAAAAAGAAAACACGUCACCUAAUAAUGUUGAAAAAUUACCUGCCAUCAAGCAAUCCAAUAAUGUCAAAGGGAACAGUGCUGAACAGUAUAAAAGUGACGAUAAAGAUACUGAAGAAGUCAAGGGCAAUGGUAAAGGAAAACGUAGUCCAAAGAAAAAUAAAUUCGUUAAGAGACUGUCAAAUGGUGACAGAGUUCCAAAAGUAGUACCGGAUGAUGACUGGAACGGUGAUGGGGUAAUUUUACAAAAUGGAGAUAUCAGUAACGGAAAGGAAAAGAAAUUAACACCAGAGGCGAAUAUUUUACGUGUCACUGGUGGAAUAGAGUUGGUUCCACUGCUUGCUAGGAGACGACGUGUAGGCGCUCGCACUUUACCAUCGAGUGAUGUCACCAGACCUCCCGAACAGCAAUGUCAGUGGCGUGAAAUUGACAUGCAAUAUCUAAGGGAUCUUAAACAUCAAAUGCGAGUGAAGACUCAACAAAUUGAAGAGAAAAGAAAAGAUUCAGCGGAGAGUGUGCGCCGUCAUCAUGAGACUUGGGAGUCUUUGUGGGGCAGACCUGGCCACGGUGCGCCCGCGCAGCGAGGCCGAUAUGCGCGCAGCAACCUCGCUCAGCUGCUUUACGUUGCACCACUCACGAAUGCAUGA